AAAAAAUACUUAUAGUGUUUACUGUUUAGGUUAAAAAUAGACGGCGAUAACACAGCGUUGACGAUACGAGAGUAUUCGUUAAUGGUAAAUCCGCCAAACUUGUAAACACUAAACAGUAUAAUGGUAUAACUAUUAACUACAGUCUACAGUUCUACACUCUAUAUUAUAUACGCUGAUUAUUUUAUAGCAAAAUAAGUUUUCACCGUGUUCUCAUCUUACGUUCAGUUUUUCUUAAAGUGCAUUUAAACAUAAAAUAUAUUUUUUUAAAUACCCGCAAGUUUUAACGAUUGCGAUGUUUAGUAUAUUUAAAUUUAAUAAAGUAAAGACCACGAUUAAUAACCCACCCGUUAAAAAUGCCAUUCAGACCACUAGUGAUCUUGAUAAAUAUGCUGAUGAAGAAUAUGAAGAAGACAAUCCAAGUUUUAAUAGUGUUGACAGUGCAGAGGAAGAAUCCAGUCGAGAAAAACUAAUUGUAUCCACUUGUAUAGACUCAAGUGAUGUAAAAACUUUAAAAUUAGAUCUUGGAAUUUUAGACUCUGGACCAAAACAACCGAUUUUAAAAUAUGCAAAAAGUUUUUUUAACAGUCUGGAAGCAUUAUACGUAUAUUUCUCACGACCAUCUACAAAUAAAAAACUAAAAGAUAUGCAAUUAAAAAUGGACAUUAAAGCAUCUUCUAUUACUCGAAUUUCUGAUACUCGCUGGGUUUGCAGGUAUAAAAACUGUAAAGCUGUUAAAGAUAAUUUUGAAGUGAUACUAGAGGUUUUGAGAGAAGAAAUUGAUGCUAAUAGUAAUCUAGAUGUAGCACAAGCAAUAGGAAUUGAAGCUAUGAUAAAAAAAGGACAUUUUAUACUAUUUUUAAUUAUACUUGAAGAUAUUUUAACAAAAAUCAAUAUUCUUAGUAACCUAAUGCAAGAGAAAAAAGCAACUUUGGGAAAAUCAGUAAAUUUAAUCAAUAGUAUUAUAAAAACAUUUGAAAAUGACCGUUGCUCAGAAAAAUUUAAAACUGUGUGGACAGAAGUUAUAGCAUUGGCUAAAGAGUUCAACAUUUCAUUAGAAAUUCCAGCUAAAGGUUCCAAACGUAAAAGAAAAGAAACAACAAAUUUACAAAACUAUUAUGUUAGUAAUACUACUGGUGCUGAAUGUUCUUAUGCUAAUGUAGAUGAACUCAAUGAAGGAAUGAAUGAUGAAGACACCCAGUUUGAAUACUGGAAAGUUAAUGGUUAUUUUAGGAUACUUGACUGUGUUUUAUCAGGUUUGAGAAGCAGAUUUUCAACAGAAAGCUUGAAAAUUGGACAUAGUAUUGAUAACUUUAUGAAGUUAAAAUAUGAUGAAAGUUUACAUUUUAUUGAACAUUACGAGAAUGCUUUAUGUAUUGAUAAAGACCAACUUAAAGCUGAAAUGCUAAUUAUGAAGAACUGUAUUAAUAAAGAUGAUUUUGACAUAGGUGCUCUUGUAUCAGAAAUCAACAAAAAAAUUUUUCCAAAUUUAUACAAGCUUUUACAAGUAGCACUUACAAUUCCAGUAAGUUCUGCUUCUUGUGAAAGAUCGUUUUCGGUAAUGCGGCGAAUAAAAACAUGGCUACGAAAUUCUAUGUCUAACGAUAGAUUUUCAAAUCUAUCAUUACUUCAUAUUGAAAGGGACUUAGCUAAUAAUAUAACAUCUGAAGAGGUUCUAAAUAUAUUUGCGCAAAAAAGCAGGCGUUUAAACCUUACAAUAUAGUAUUUAGUAAUAAUUUCCUAUUUAAAAUGUUUU